CAAUUUAUUCGUCUUAAUUAUAGAGCUCGAAUGUCUUGCAAUACAUCGGACUACAACUGUCAAGAUGAUGUUUUUACAGCAACCACAAACGGACGACUGGGAUCAGCGUCUAUUUUAUCAUCGUCGUUAGAAAAUCAGCCAUAUUUUAACACUUUAAGUCAACAGAUGCAACGCCAACACCAAUCAGUGCGAAAUUUAGUCCAACUCAAUCAAAAAUCAGUUUGCAUGUCGAAUGGACUCUUUGACUGUAACGAAGAAGCAUUUAAUUGUGACGAAAGAAAUGAGAGUAAGGAACGACUAAUCGCAGCAUCUACUCAAACUCAAUACUAUGAAAAUGAGACCAUUAAUAAGUGCGAUACCUUUUCUUCAGCUAUCAAAAUUGAUUCUAGUGGAGAAGCCUUGGCUACUACAGUCUCUUCAGGUCAUAUGAUGUACACAGUACAUCGAGUAGUUACAACAUCUCAAAUUCAAACUGCACUUGGGAAUACUUAUGCUUCUUCUUCUAGUGUUUCAAGCGUUGUCAGUGCUCUUCGAAACGAUAAUUUGACAACUCCUGCGAGCAUAUCUACAAGUUUGACAACUGUACCUGGAAACGGUGUUGUAGGAAUUUCAGGAAAUAUUUUGAGCAAAAUGGAUGAAAAUUCGAACACAGCCAACAGUCUUCUGAUAAGCGCGGCGGGUAUAUCAGAUUCGCAACAAUCUGAAGUAUAAGAGCGCCAGUUUGCUCGCUUAUACUACUCCCCACACUCAACUCCCACCAUACUCGACCACACCACACAGGAUCACCAUAGAAGAUACCACCACACACGAUGACAGCCACACCAUAAACUAACAAAAAGGCCGGGAUCAACGCCCCCACCUCAUUCUGAUUAUUCAGCGAUCCUGAGCGCUACGUCAACUUAUAUCGAUAUGACCAUAAUUCACCGGGCUACAUUCGAUUAAACUACGGUUACCUCGCUUAAUUUGAAAACCGUCUCAUCCACCUUUUAUUUAUUUUCACUGUCAUUGUUAAGCAUGUAUUAGAGAACAGUUCUGCAAAAUUACGUGCUCUCAGCUUUGUAAUUAAAGGCAGGCGACCGGAAAAGAAAAUAUCUGUAAUAAUAUAUGGGUGAUAUAUGUUAUAGUAGUUGUCCGAUCUGACCGUUUCCGACAAAUGAUCAAUAGAAUCUCAAAAUGAACCUAUGUAUUAAACUUCAUUUAGAUAUAUCAAAAACUGUCGAAGGAAUUUUUGUGAUCCCAAAAAAUUAAACUUAUUCUCAAAAAUCGCUGGCUUGUAACCGGUUUUAGACUCAUAUUCUCUUAGGCAAAGUUGUUCAGAAUGAUCCGUAGAACAUAUUCCGCAUGCGAUACUUUUCCGUUUUUUUAGCUCCCUGUAAACUAACACGCACUAAUAUACAUAUAUUAUACCCUAAAAAGUGAGCGUCUCAAUUUCAUUACCUAAAUUUAGUAUACAAGUAUUCACAUGUGUAUGUAAAUAUUACAGUUUUAUAUAUUACAAUAUAAACCCUGUAAUAACAAAUUACAACAUAAAAAACAAAAAGGGGAGAAAAAAACAAAACAAACAUACAUAUAUAACUAUAUGCAUAUGUUAUUUACUUAACACAUACAUAUUAUAUCUAU